AUGGAAGUCGCCGCUGCUGCCUAUAUAUUCAUGCAUUAUUAUGUUAAGAAGAAUCAAAAAAGCGAAGAGAAAAACAUACCGAGAACACCAGAAUCAUGGCUGGACGUGGCAAAGCAAUUUGAAAAAACCUGGAAUUUUCCGCAUUGCCUUGGAGCUUUAUAUGGAAAGCAUGUGGUUAUUCAAGCACCAUGCAACACUGGAAGCGAAUUUUUCAACUACAAAUCUACGUUCAGCGUUGUUCUUUUCGCCUUAGUGGAUGCUAAUUAUAAUUUUUUGUACGUCAAUGCUGGUGGCCAAGGGCGAAUUUCAGAUGGUGGCAUCUUUAAAGAUUGUUCACUUUACAAAAAACUACUGAAAAAUCAGUUGAAUUUUCCUGAACCAGAAACUUUAAAAGGCAUGCAACGGAAAAUUCCUUAUUUUUUCACUGAUUCACUAAUGAAACCGUUUUCGGGAACGCAUCUCAAAGGAUCCAUACAAAGAAUAUUCAACUAUAGAUUAUCUCGUGCUCGAAGAACUGUAGAAAAUGUGUUUGGUAUUGCUUCGGCCGUUUUUCGAGUACUCCGUAAACCCAUGUUACUUGAACCCGCAAAAGCUGAAAUAAUUUUGAGAUCAUUGGUAAUGUCUCGCAAACAGAACAGAGAAAUAGAAGGCAUUUACAAUGGAAAAGCUAGUGGAACCUAA